CUUCAGGGGUCACCAGUGUUUCUUCCGGCUAAAAGGGGCGGAUCCGUCGUGCCCCUGACGAUUUCCCAUGGACGUCACCUCUUGUCAUAAAAACCCCGAGGUCUCCGCCAAGAGAGUGGAAAGCAGGUCACAGCCCACGCUCACUUCACUAUGUUACGAUUUGUUCAACUCUUUGCCGCCAUGGCCCUGGCGCCCGGCACCUUGGGCGCCACCCUGAUCGCCUCUCAUUUUGCCGGCGGCAUCUACACGCUGUCCCUCGCGAGCUCCAACUCCAGCGGCACGCUUUCGAUCACGUCGCAGACCACCGGUUGCGGUUCCACGCCGGGGUGGCUUCAGCUCUAUGCCGACACCCGCACGCUGUACUGCUUCGAUGAGUCGUGGCUCGGUUCCGGCAACUGUGCCGAAUACAGCGUAGCGAACGAUGGCCGCCUGACCUCGACCGGCCAGCUCACGACGACCGGCAACACCGUGCACGGCAUUCUCUAUGGCGGAGCCGACGGUAGGGGUUUUGUGGCCACCGCCGAGUAUUCCCCGUCGACUAUCACAACGUACAAGAUGCCGUUCGAGGGUGGCCAGCAGCUGCAGCUAGAGAAGUUCGUCCUGGAACAGCCGGGUCCCGACCCAAGGCAGGACGUCCCGCACCCGCACGAGGUGCACCUCGACCCCACUGGGAAGUUCAUCAUUGUGCCGGACCUCGGUGCCGAUCUCGUUCGCAUCUUCAAGAUCGACGCCUCCAGCGGCGAGCUCACAGCGUGCCCUGAGGGCAAGGCCGACCCCGGCGACGGACCCCGCCACAUCAAAUUCUGGGAGUCGGCCGACGGCGUACAGAAGGCUUACACCCUGAACGAGCUCGGCAACUCGGUAUCGGCUUGGGACGUCGCAUAUCCGAGCGACGACGCUGGCUGCCUGACCCUCGAGAAGACGCAGACACUGUCAACGUUUGCCCCUGGGGAGGAGGGCGGGCCCACCACCAAGGCCGCUGAGGUCCGCGUGGUUGGCAACUUCCUGUACGCGUCCAACCGCGCCGACGAGACGUUUGGCUCUGAGCAGGAUUCCAUUGCCACCUACACAAUCGACGCGUCCACGGGCGAAAUCGCCUGGCUCGAGGCCGCCAACUCGUACUCGUACUACCCGCGUACCUUCGAAUUCAACAAGGACGGUACCCUUGUUGCGGUUGGCGGGCAAACGUCUUCCAACGUCGCGAUCAUUGCCCGUGACACCGAGACCGGCAAGCUCGGCGAGCUGGUGGCCACCCUCCAGGUUGGCCAGAAGGGGCGAGCUGGAGAGGAGGACGGUCUCAGCGCAGUCGUCUGGGUGGAGUCGCCGGCUAGAGAGUGCAAGAGGUAAUGGAAUCGCCAUUUUCUCAGUGCGGCAUUUAUUUCAAUGCAACCACAUUAAGGAGCGCCUCACCCCGACCGCUGCAAGAUGGUGACGGAUGUGCUGGGUUCCAUUGAUUCACGUAGAUGGCGGGUACAUUGUCCAGUGCCUCAAUCAUCAGGAAGGGGCCGGGGUUCAGGGCCCUCCUCGUGGGACACUUGCUACCAGCAGAAUCAUGUCAAGAAAGCGAUGAGGCUCGAAACAUUUGUCUUUAUAACCGAGCUCUCUAUAAUUCAAUCUAGUCUAUUGCAUCCCUCAUAGA